AUGCCCUCCCAUCCUCAUGGCCGCAAGAUGAAGGGCGAAAUCCACAUUCCUGGAAUCCGCGAUCGAGGGUCCGAGCAGUACGAGGGCUUGAUGGCGGACGUGACGUUGGUCCACCCUUACAUUGGUAGCUCUGCCGACCUGACCAAGUGGGGGGAGGUCAACCUCGACGCCCUCCAUGUUGCAGCGUCUGAGAAGAUUCGCAAACAUCGCGCUGCAUAUGCCAUGACUACUCCUCCUCGAGCGUUCAUCCCUCUUGCCAUCUCGACGGACGGUACCCUGCAUCCUGACACCCUCCGCUUCAUCUGCGAGGAGGACUACCUCGAGCGGUACCGUGUUCCUGUGUCCAGCCUCCCUCCGUCCGCUGCCCCAGGCGGACCCCCGGGCAACGCCGGCUCCUUGUCGGCGGCUGCCCUUUCUCCGUCCGCGGCCGCCCGCUUUGUGGCGGCAGCGGACGUCUCGACUGACAGUGGUCAGUCGGCUGCCUCCGGGUAUCGCGUCUAA